GGUCCGAGUGCAGUCCGCUUCUCCCCCCUUCACCUCGGGCGACAGUGGCGGCGCGCGGCCCCGCCUCCGUGGGGCGAUGCUGUGAGCGGCGCUCGAGGCCAGCGCCAACAUGGCGGCGGCCCCCGGGGACCCCGUCGGCUAUUUCAGGUGCACCAGCCGCUUCUGGAUGGGCGUCAUCGCCAUCUCCAUAGGCUACUUCGCUUGGGCAGUCUUUUUACCUUCAACAAUACCCUACGAGAAUCUGGGACAAUUUGGCCAUUUUACUAAAUAUUUAGUGGACAGCCACCCCAAACUGCUAUAUAAUGGGUUUUGGCUUGCCUGGGCAAUUCAUAUAGCUGAAGCAUUGUACAGUAUCAAGUUAUGCAAGACCAAAGGCAUCACUGACAGCUCUGUUCAACGUCGAUGGUUCAUCCAAACCUUCCUCUUUGGUAUAGCUUCUCUCUCCCACCUGCUAGCCUACAAGCCUCCGCCUAAGAAGCAGAGAUAAAGGAUUGGGAAAGAGGCAAAUAAGGCUAAUAUAUUUCAACCUUGUUCUCACAAAGUGGAUCCACCCUAUGUGUUUCUGUUGCUGUGAAUGAUCUAAAAGGCAUUUCCUGUUAUGUGAGCCAGUGCACUCGUGCCAAGGCAAUUUUGUGGUAUCAUUGUUAUUAUUAAAUGCCUGGUUUGAGAUAUGGGCUCACUUGAUAGCUCAAGAAAUUAGUAUGGGAACAUGGAGCAUCUCACUUUGUGCUUGCAAAAUUCAGU